AGUUGGUAAGUAUGGAGUGGAGGUGGCAUCUCUUCCGUGGCAUCGUCGCUUUCCUUUUCUCCGUUUCAACGUUUUGCGCCCCGGGAAUGACACUGUUCGUAUUUCUCUGUCUGUUCUCAGCCACAAUGGCUGUACAAGGCAUAUUCUCUGUGGCGUUUGGACUGUAUGUUUGCAAUGGAUGGGUCUUCUUCAGCGGUCUGUUUGACAUCUCGAUCAGCUUCCUGACACUGACGUAUCAGGACGUGACCGCCUUGACUGUGCUGUACUUUGUGGCUUUCCGGAUGUUGUUCUAUGGCCUAUACUUUGUCUCCAACGCGUGGAUAUCGCCCACCUCUCAGGUGCCCCAGGAGGUGACCUUUGCGCUGGGCACGAAUGGCCUGUUCUUCAUCCUAGGUGGGCUGUGUCUGGUGGUUAUGCACCCUGCUGAGGGUGUGUUGGUGCUGCUGUGGAUAGUCGCGCUUCAGGCGCUGUUCGAUAGCGUCCACUCACUACUCAUCGCGAGAGCACUGUACAAAUUACAGCACUCGCACUACGCCCCGGCACCCACGCUUGAAACAGCCUGACGCGGAUCGGAUGCAAAUUGGCCCCAUCGAAUGGCAGACCAGGUGCAGGCCCUUGUGAGGCGGUCCUUUUCGUUGAGAGCGAGACAGAGUGGUACCCCAGGUGCGGCAUAGCGGGGGUAGGCACAGGAGGUCUCGUCCCACCGGGUGUACCGAUCGGCCAUCGGACAUCCUCACACAAGGCGGGAGCUAGUUGUUGACAACGACAACAACCCUUGCACCCGCUUGUACGUUUAGCUGAUGGGCCGUAUACUGUAUAGCCCUGUUUUCACAAUCGGCAUGUGAGCGAUAUACGCAUGGUAUCAUCAUAAGCAACACCUCAGCCCGCCCACGAGCACGAGUGGCGUCUACAGGAGUCUCCUUCCACUCAUCACUCAUCCGCAGGCGAUGCGAUGGACCUCUACGCUCGCAUUGGUUGUAGGGUUUCACGUAUUUGUGAAUGUACAGUGUCCUACGUGCUCUAUUGCGUAUGGAGUCUUGUGGUUGAAUGGUACACCCUACCUUUCCGACCGUUCCAACGAUUCGUAAUGGUCUGUUUAACAACAUGAAGAUACUUUCGCAAGGCCUGGGGAGAUCCCUCGCCAUCAAACAUCUAAUAAAGUUGGCCUUACAUAUUCGA